AUGGUAUUUGGCAGUGUAUUCAGAAGAUUCGCAAGUACUACAGCUAGAAGUCCCAAGUCAGGGUUCUUCAAAGCCCACUGGAAGUUAUACACUGGCACAUUUGUUGGGGGCGCCUUGACCGCGCAUUUUGUUCCAGUACUAUCGAUUGUUGAAUACUAUUUGAACUCAAGACUUCCAAAGGAUGGUGAUCCAGAAAGUAUUAGAAACUAUACCGAUUCCCUUGAAAAAAAGUUGGCGAGUUUGAAAGUCGUUAAAGAGCUUGGCAAUGAUAAAGACUGGAAACAGCAUAGAGAUUGGAGUUAUGUUAGUGAAUCAAAAGCAGCUAAUGAAGUUAACAACAAAUCUAUUACCGAAGGAGCCUUAACUAUUCCUGGAGGUUUUGCUAUCAAGCCUUUAAUUUUCGAAAAUCCAAAGACAAACCAAACCAUUUCGGUAAUUUAUGUGGGAUCAAGACUUUGUGGAUAUCCGUUUAUCGUUCACGGAGGUGUUUUGGCAACUAUUCUUGAUGAGGUUUUCAAAAAAAGUGUGGGUUUAAAUUUCAAUUCCGAUGGAGAGGCUAAGGAAUUUUCAACAAAACAUUUAGAAUUGAGUUACAGGUUUCCGACUUUGGCUAACAACUUUAUUGUGAUUAAGACCAAUGUGGGGAGUGAUAGUGGCGGAAUAGUUGCUGUUGAUGGCAAUGUUAAGUCAUUGGAUGGUAAAUUAUUAAUUAAAGGUCAAGGUAGUGUUAAAAUAUUAGAAUCGGAUAAAAAACCAAACUUUAUAGAUGAUUCCAAAGAUGAGGCUAAGAAGGGUUUGAAGAAACUCUGGCCUUUUUGA